AGAGAGCAUUGACCUGCUGAGUGGACUAAAGAUGGGGGAGCAAGGUGGUUGGGUGGAGGCUAACAGAGGAGACUGGGUGGCCAUCUUGGAUUCCCAGACUCAGACGGGUGCAGCCAAGGCCCUGGGGGAAGGCAUCACUGAGCAGGCCAGGACCAGAGGCGACAUAGUGGACGUCAGAGGCUGGGACAGCGACCUCAACUCUGGACUGGGGAACAACACUGUUGACCACAACCAGGAACAGACAGUGGAACACAAAACAACGUACGAAUUUAGUCUCCAUGACAACAGACUGGCUGAAACCAGGGUGAGGUGUAGAUUUGGUCCACGGGGACAGAGAGGUGUCCGUAUGCAGCGGGAGAGAACAGAAACAGACUCUGUUAACGAUGCUCCGUCCUGCUCCUAUAGUUGUGAUUCAGAGAGACUGAUGGCGCCUCAGGUUAACUCGCUAACAGAUGCUGCCUUCAGCCUGCCUUCUAUAGGAUCUAUCAACUGGAACAUGGACCCUGCGACAUCACAGACACUCCCUGGCCUUCGUCCUCCUCACACUCUCCUAAUGUUAAACCAGACCUCAGACAAUGCCAGUGCCUCAACACUAAAUGGCUACACAAGCCCAUUGACAAAUUACAGUAUUAGGAUUAAUGCUGUCAGUAGAUCCGGUGGCAAAGAGAAGCGCUUCCCGUGUUCGUUCUGUGGGAAAGCCUUCAGUUUCCGCAAACAGGUGGAGAUCCACCAGAGGGUCCACACAGGGGUAAAACCCUUCAGUUGUACCCAGUGUCACAUGUGCUUCGCUCAGACUGGUGACCUGAAGAGGCAUCAGAGGGUACACACAGGGGAGAAACCCUACAGCUGCCCCCAGUGUGAGAAGAGGUUCUCCCGCAAGCACCAGCUGAAUAGGCACCUGAAGGUUCACACGGGAGAGAGGCCGUUCGCUUGUACACACUGCAGGAAGAGGUUCUCAGAAAGGAGCUGCCUCAGGAUACACCAGCAGAAUGACCAUUCCACUCUAUAACAUAGAAAGGAACCGUAUCUCAAUACCUUCUGAGGUUUAGAUUAAACCCAGCAGUAAAGAGAAAGAAUAAUUGUCAUUGUUGUCAGCAGGAAAGAUCCACAGAUGCAUUUAGAAUAUCGAGAGUAACAGAUAUUCUUUGGUAGAAUAUUGCAUCCAGACAUUGUGUGAUAUACACUGAAUGUACAAAACAUUAAGAACAUCUUCCUAAUAUUUAGUUGCACCCCCCUUUUUGCCCUCAAAACAGCUUCAAUUUGUCAGGGCAUUGACUCUACA